AUGAGCUCCACGCCGCUCCCGGAUCACUACAAAGUUCUCGGCGUCAACAAGGAUGCGCAAGUAGCGGAGAUUCGGCUGGCCUACCGCAAGCUCGUCCUCAAGUGCCACCCCGACAAGGUGCAGGAUCCCGCCCUCAAGGCGCAGAAGCAGGAGGAAUUCCAAAAGGUCCAGCAGGCCUACGAGCUGCUCACCGAUGAGGAGGAGCGCAAAAAGUACGACGACCAGGUCAGGCUGGCCGAGCUCAAGGAGCAGCUGCGCAAGACGUCUGUUUCCACCCCGCGAUCAAGUUCAAAGUACGCCGAGUACGAGAUUCGCACCGCCGAGCCUCGCGCCUCGUCUUACAAGCCGGCCACCAACGUCCCCCCGCCCGCCAAGGGAUAUACCUACCCGCGAUCCUACGAGGAUGAUGUGACCUUUAGCUCCCGAGUCUACCAGACUGGCUCCUCGCGCGCCGGCAGACGCGAGACCACGUACGUCGACGGCCGCUCAAAGCGGGAUUCCGAGCGCGAGGCCAGGGAAAAGGAGCGGGAUCGAGAGCGCCGAAAGAAGGCCGACAAGGAAGAGGCUGCUCGCCGCGAGAAGGAGGCCAAGGAGGCCAAGGACGCCCGCCGAGAAAAGAGAGCCAAGGAGAAGCAGCGCGACAAGGACAUCAAGCGCGAGUCCGAGGACAAGAAGAAGCACGCCAAGCCCACGGCCACCUACGUCGAGGACUACAGCGACGAGACUGCUGCCGCUGCCAAGUCUGACAAGAAGAAGUCGUCCUCGUCGUCGAGCAAGAAGUACGAUGAGAAGCGGGAUCGGGAUCGCUCCUCUCACCGCGACGACAUCCCAGUGGUGUCUCCCCCGAUGCAAUCUGUUCGCACCUUUACCGAUUAUGCCACCAGCAAGUACAUGGAGCCUUCGCGAGCUGUGCCGGCCGCCCCGGAGCCGUCGUCUUCCUGGGAGGAUACCCACGCCAAGAUCAAAGACGCCAAGUCUUAUAUGGAAGCGGCCCGGGCCAAGGAGAGCGUUGCGCCCGGCGGCCUGAAGCGAUCCAUGACCUAUGGCCCACGGAUGACCCAACCUCCCGCAGCUCCUACCCCCCCGCCCGCUCCCAACCAGACUUCCCCAUUUGCUGCCCCCGACGACGACGUUCGUCGCUCAGCCGCGCGACCUCGCCGCGGCUCAACGGAAAGCAGCCACCCCAAAGACAGCAGGUAUAGGAAAUCGUCGAGGGAGCCCGUCGCCGCCGAGCCCGUCGUCAUGAGCGCCUCCCCCAACAGCCGCCAUGCGCACCCGCCCAUGUCCGGCUCGCCUCCUCACCUGUCCAGGACAAACACCAUGCCAGCCGAUGGAAACUACCCCCGCGCUGUGCCCAUCACGCGCUCCCAGACGUACAACUUUGGAGACGCAAACGACCCCCGCGGGCGCAACCGUACGCGUUACCAGUCGCAAAUCGACGAGGAGGAGGCUGAGUCGGACGAGGUCCACGACCACCGGGCCAGAGACCGAAGGCAUCGUGCCGGCAGGCGAGAGCACUCUGUCGACCCAGGGUACACGGAGUCGCGGUAUCCCGGAUACGAGCGACAGCCAUCGUACACUCGCCGCCCCGAGCCGGAGUCGGAGCGAUAUGCGUACUACUCGUCUGGCCACGACGGCCGACCCUCGAUGCCGGUCCGCGAGAGCAGCUACUCCGCCUCUGCGGGAUCUGCUCAGUUUGCCAAGGUCAAGACGUCCAAGAACUACGGAUACGACGACGUCCACUACUCCGCCUACCACCACCAGAAGCCACGUGAAGAGUACACGUAUGCUUGACGGCGUUGGACUUCCAUUCUUAUACUCCAUCUCAUAUUCUUUCUGCUGUUACUCCCCGUCUACGACAUUAUCUCGGUCGUGACCGAACGAUAUUUUGUUGAGGAACAACCCCCACCGCGGAAGUCUUGGAGCUUCCCUGACUUUUAUUAACAGAAUUGUUACAUGCACAAUCUAUUCCUUUUCUUAUUUGAUUUCCCAGAAGUGGACCUUCGUUUUUUCUUUCUUUCCAAUUUGGUUUCCUAUCACGAGAAUGAUUCAUCUUACGACUACAACAUUUACCCGGAGUGCAACUGGUGUGCUUCCACGAUUUGGGAUGAUGGCUUUUCGCUUAUACAAACGAUAACGCGGAUGUUGGCAAUCUUUUUUAUCCUUUUUCCUUUCUACUUUGAACACCAAGUUCCAUAUCACCAAGAUUGUCGACAGCGAUGGUCGAGGAUGCGGGAGAUGGUAGCGUUCACUCCGCACCUUGGCGUGGGGAGGAGAUUUGUUUUUAUUUGCAUGCGCACAAGAAACGGGACCCAGUCCCUUGAGCUGUGCCACAGGCGUUUACUGGAGAACUAUAUCAUUAUGACGAAGCCCAGGGAUACCAUUCGCUCUUUAUAGACACACGGGCACGAGAACAGAUUGGAAUGACGGGGUUGUGGAUGGAUAGGGGGCGAUGACGGGAACGAGCCCGACGAGCGAGCGAGGGAGCGAUCUAUUACCAAAGCAUUUUUGGAUAGAGCCGUGAUGACUUGCGCGCAGGGACGCGGCAUGAUUUAUGAACAUUGUGCGGUUGGAUGGGUUUAUGUGGUCUGGGACGUUGGAUUUUCCUUCUUUCAUGUCAUCUUUUCCUUUUCCUUCUCUUCGUCUUAUCUUUUGCUCUUUUUCUCUCCCAUUUUUUCCCCCCAUUUGAUUCAAUUUGAGAGCAUCGAGACAACGCUGUAGCUAAGCACUU